AUGGCAUUAUUGAUUAUACAGAUUACCUGUCUGGUGAUUAUUCUUGCUACUUCCCAACCUUGCCAGACCCCGGAUGACCUUGUGGCUGCCACUUCUCCAGGACACAUCAUGAUCGGAGGUUUGUUUGCCAUUCAUGAAAAAAUGAUGUCCUCAGAAGACUAUCCCAGACGACCACAGAUCCAGAAGUGUGUUGGUUUUGAGAUAUCGAUCUUUCUUCAAACUCUUGCUAUGAUACACAGCAUUGAGAUGAUCAAUAAUUCAACAUUAUUAUCUGGUGUCAAACUUGGGUAUGAAAUCUAUGACACGUGUACAGAAGUCACGGUGGCAAUGGCAGCCGCUCUCAGAUUUCUUUCUAAACUCAACUGCUCCAGAGAAGUUGUGGAGUUGAAGUGUGACUAUUCCAGCUACAUGCCCAGGGUAAAGGCGGUCAUAGGUGCUGGCUACUCAGAAAUAACCAUGGCCGUUUCCAGGAUGUUGAAUUUACAGCUCAUACCACAAGUCAGUUAUGAAUCAACUGCUGAAAUCCUAAGUGACAAAGUUCGUUUUCCUUCAUUUUUACGGACGGUGCCCAGUGACUACUAUCAAACAAAAGCGAUAGCCCACCUGAUUCAGAAAUCUGGAUGGAACUGGAUCGGCAUGAUCACCACAGAUGACGACUAUGGACGUCUCGCUCUCAGCACGUUCGCGAUUCAGGCGGCUGCAAAUAAUGUCUGCAUAGCCUUCAAAGAGGUUUUCCCAGCCUUCCUGUCAGAUAACACCAUCGAAGGCAGGAUCAAUCAGACACUUGAGAAGAUCAUUGCAGAAGCCCAAGUCAAUGUCAUCGUGGUAUUUCUAAGGCAAUUUCAUGUUUUCAGUCUCUUCAAUAAAGCCAUUGAGAAGAAUAUAAAUAAGAUCUGGAUUGCUAGCGAUAAUUGGUCAACUGCCACUAAGAUUGCCACCAUCCCUAAUGUGAGAAGGAUUGGCAAAAUUGUGGGGUUUGCCUUUAGAAGAGGGAAUAUGUCUUCUUUCCAUUCCUUUCUUCAAAAUCUGCAUAUGCAUCGCAAGGACAAUAACAAACCCUUAAAUGAAUAUAUCAUGCUCUUGUCUGCCUGUGCAUAUGUCAAAGACAGUGAGUUGAGUGAAUGCAUUUCCAAUCAAUCUCUGGGAUUGGGGUCCCUGGCCAAGCUGGCGAUAGCAAGUAACUUCUCCCUGAGGAAUGACUUCCUGUGGGAUUAUUCUGAGCCAGGACUGGUUCACAGUAUUCAGCUUGCAGCGCUUGCUCUUGGUUAUGCCAUUCGGGAUCUGUGCCAAGCUCGAGACUGUCACAACCCCAACGCCUUUCAGCCAUGGGAGUUACUUGACGUGCUGAAAAAUCUGACAUUCACUGAUGGAAAUAAUUCCUUUCAUUUUGAUGCGAAUGGGGAUCUGAACAUUGGCUAUGACGUUUUGCUCUGGAAGGAGAUUGAGACGGAUGGACGUAUGAUGAUUACCAAGAUGGCAGAAUAUGACCUGCAGAAGGAUGUCUUCAUCUUUAAAGACCAAGAAACAAAAAAUGAAUUCAGGAAUCUUAAGCAAGUUCAGUCUAGAUGCUCCCAAGAAUGCAGUCCUGGAGAAAUGAAGAAAACGACAAGAAGUCAGCAUACUUGCUGCUAUGAAUGUGUGAACUGUCCUGAAAACCACUACACUAAUCAGACAGAUAUGGAUCACUGUCUUGUAUGCAACAACGAGACGCACUGGGCCCCUGGCAGGAGCACCACGUGCUAUGAAAAAGAAGUUGAGUUUCUCAGCUGGAGUGACCCCCUGGCUAUCCUGCUCCUGGGUCUCGCUCUCCUGGGAAUCCUGUUCGUUCUGGCCAUUGGCAUACUCUUUACAAGGAAUCUGAACACACCCGUUGUGAAGUCAUCAGGGGGAUUGGCAGUCUGCUAUGUGAUGCUCCUCUGCCAUUUCCUCAACUUUGUCAGCACAGGGUUUUUCGUUGGAGAACCACAAAGCUUCACGUGUCAAACCAGGCAGACCCUCUUCGGUGUGAGCUUGACUCUUUGCAUCUCCUGCAUUUUGACGAAGUCCUUGAAAAUUUUGCUAGCCUUCAGCUUUGAUCCCAAGCUGCAGAUCUUGCUGAAGUGCCUCUAUAAACCGAUCCCCAUCAUCUUCACGUGCACGGGUAUCCAAGUUGUCAUUUGCACACUCUGGUUGACCUUGGCGGCACCUGUCGUGGAGGAGAAUGUCUCCUUGCCUAGAGUCAUUAUCCUGGAAUGUGAAGAAGGAUCGAUAGUUGCAUUUGGCACCAUGCUAGGCUAUAUUGCCUUCUUGGCCUUCAUUUGCUUCAUCUUUGCUUUCAAAGGCCGGAAAUUGCCGGAGAAUUACAACGAGGCCAAAUUCAUAACCUUUGGCAUGCUCAUUUACUUCAUAGCUUGGAUCACAUUCAUCCCUGUCUACGCCAACACAUUUGGCAAAUACCUACCGGCUGUAGAGGUUAUCGUCAUUCUGAUAUCAAAUUAUGGAAUUCUGUGCUGCACCUUCUUCCCCAAAUGCUAUGUUCUUCUUUGGAAGCAAGAGAUUAACACGAAAUCUGCCUUCCUCCAGAUGGUUUAUAGUUACUCUUCCCACAGUGCAAGCAGCAUUGCCGUGAGCCAUGCGUCUCUGGACGCCACCAACAGCAACACCACCGGGAGCAACCCCAGCUCUGACAGCAAGUCUACAGCCUCACAGAAAAGCAAAGGUCUGCAGGCACACGUGUUUGCAGAUAGAUACAGAGAAAAGAGUCUAAGAGUCCCUAAACCAUUGCCUCGUAAAAGGAUUUCAAGUAUAUGAAUAAGGCCCUAAAGGAUUUCCAAAUUCCUGGGGGGGAAAUGUUUCUAGGGUCUUAACAUUUAAGAUGAGUUUCUACUGUCCCAGUAAAUGUGUCCUGUGUAUUUUUUCAGCUACCAACCAGUCUUCUCUAAAUUUUUAUUA